ACUUGCGCGAGGGCGGAACGGCUGUCAAAACAACCUGUCAGCUUCCUCCGGGUUGUUUGAGCACUUUUGAAGGCAGCGGCAGCAGCACUGCUCGGUCCUGACUCUUUUAGUCCCUUAAGAAGCUACUAGUCCAAUUAGCUCAGAGGGGGGGAGGGAAUCCACGCAGUUAAACUCUCCGCUCCCGGAGACUCGGCGAUGAGUAUGAGCCCUGCCGAGGUGUAUGAUGACGACCUGAGCCGACUGCCCGCCAUCAGCAGCAACAGAGUUGGACCGCGAGCGGCGCUCACAUACUGAGAUGAUGGUGGCGUACUUCCAACCACAGCUGAUAUAAACUUAGGUUUUUGGCUCGCACGGUAAGCCUGUUUAAGCUCCAACAGAGGCGCUACCGACGGGUCGGAAGUUUUUCCCCACCGGGACGGUUUGUGAAAGUGGUCGGUUAAACAUGGACACGUUCACCAACGUGCUGCUCGUCACCGCAAACGUCGGCUCGCUCUUCAACAAUGUGGAUGAAAUCCAAAAUGGAUGGUUAGAAGAACUGUAUAAGACAAUCCGGAAGUACAAGCCGCAGUUCAUCGCCCUGCACUUCCAGGAGGUGGGAGGAAAGGACUACAUGGUCAACAUGGACAAGGCAGAAAACUUCUUUUGUAACAUAGAGUCCAGUGAGGAAAUGAAGGAGUUUGACAGGACCUGCAUUUAUGUGGACACCCAGUUCCAAGCGGAAGACAGCUUUACGGCUUUGGGCAGCAUGUACUUCAUCCACAAGACACUGAAAAAUAUCUAUCAUUAUGACUUUAAUGUUAAGGAUUUUAAAGCCGUGGUGGGACAGACCAAGUACGUGGGCUCACUGGACGGCGUCGCCACCGUGGAGAAAGAAAAAUUCCCGAAGAAUUUCUGGCCCGAUUUCAAGUGGUCCAGGAAGGGCUACAUGAGGACCCGCUGGAUCAUACACAACCAGGGCCUCGACCUGGUCAACAUCCACCUGUUCCACGAUGCCUCAAACCUUAUUGCCCUCAACUCCAGUCCCUCCAUUUAUUCAGCCAACCGCAAGAACGCUCUCAAAUACGUCAUCAGCAGGUUAUCAGACAGCCGCUACGCUGCUAUGCCCUUCUUCCUGUUUGGAGAUUUUAACUUCCGUUUGGACACACGUACAUUAGUCCAGUGCCUGACCAUCGAAGCAGAUGUUGUAAAAGACGUGAAAGACAGCAAUUACGAAGUGGAGAGAAUCACAUUUGAAGAAAGAGACAACGACCACCAGAUGCUGCUGCAGAUCGAGGAGAAGCUGUUUGAGUACGUGCACCAGACGGUUUUCCGAGAGGACAACGGCAGAGCACUUUUGAAGUACGACAAAGAGGUCAUGCCCUUUCUUGAUGCUGUCAGGGAAGAGGACAUCACAUUUCCACCCAGCUACCCCUACAGUGAGGACCACCAUAAGCCGAGGCAGUACAUGAACACGCGCUGUCCCGCCUGGUGUGACCGCAUCCUCAUGUCGCCCACUGCCAACGAUUUCAUCAGCAGGAGAGAUUAUGACGGGGAGGGUGUUGUUUACAACACAAUUGGUCCUAAUGUCUGCAUGGGAGACCAUAAGCCCGUAUUCCUGUCCUUCUCGCUGAAGACGAAUAACCAUUGACUCCGAUCCUUCUCAAUGGUGUUCAGCUGCACCCACCACAACUCGGCCACCCUGGAUGCCAGCAUUAUUCUCUUCCACAGGCAGGACUCAUGAAACCACCUGCUUUCUCCAUGCCGAUUUUACUCGGCGUGGAGUUCCUGCUUGCAGCCAUGUGGGCAGAUCCUUUAAUCCUUACUAGUUCUCAACAUUUUAAUGUAAACCCUCAUUAUUGUUGUAAAACAGUUUCAAAAACAUUGUGUAUAUAUAUUUUAACAGUAUGAGCAAGACUGACUUUUUUUUUUUUUUUUUUUUUUGUUUCAACAUUCUCGUAACCCUCGUGCACGGGAAUCUGUCGACUUCAAAACAGAUUGUAUCUUAUCAAGAACUGAAUGUCAGCCCUGUAGAUUAGAUGCGUCGGCUGCCACGCUCUGUAUACUUUAGGCACUUGUUUUCCGCCACUGUGGCAUUUUUAAAAACAGGAGCGCUGCUUCUUGGUUUAGCUUCCUAUCGUCAUGUUUUCACCGAUGUUCUCAGAUCUACCUUUAAAAAAGGCUUUGGAAUUGAAGUUUGACAUUAUCGAGACAUACCACUAGACGGGCCGAAGGCUCUUUGAAAUUUUACGGCAGCAGCAAAAAUAUCUAGAAGUCUUUAUCUGCUAUAAAAGAAAUGAUAUUGUCACGAAAAAAUAUUUGCCCCCUUUGAGAUUUCUGUUGUUUUUUUUUUAGUUGACUGACAUAAUUAAGAUUUCACAAAAAUGUUGUUUUCUCAACAACAAGUUGGUUUUAAGUGAAGUUAUCACCUAGAAAUUAAAUUUUGUAGGACCCUGGGUUAUCUUAAAGUUUGUUUCAGUGAUGACGAUGACAGGCUUUCUAUGUACUUACUGUACAUAAUACCAAGUGCUUUAUCUCCCAAAACAUCUCAGCUGUUCUCAGUCUGUCCGUUCAUUGUUACUUCUGUGCCGCACAGCAUUCCUCCACUGGAACGUCUCUUCUCACGCUUUUUCAAUUGUAUCUUCUUUCACUGCCAAAAGCAAAAGUCACAGUGCUGUCCUCUUAUGUUUACUUAAGACUGAAAUACGGAAUAUGGUUUCUGUUUUACUCCCUGACUUAAUUGAAACCUCGCAGAAUGCUGUGUGUGUGUGUCGCCACACACAACACGUUCACACACUUAUAAAGCGUGAGGCACUGUUUAAGUUUUCUUUCUUCAUGAGUGAUUUUUAUGAUGCACGUUGUUAAACUGUAACUCCAGUGCAAUAAUAGAUAUGUUUAAUGUGUAUGGUAUCGGCUCAUGUUUUAACCUGGUUUUAAUGGUAGUACCUGCUUCUUACUGUGUUUUGCUUAUUUUUGUGGUAAGUGAUGAGGGACCUGUACACUCUUAUUUAUUCCAAAUAUUAGCAGAAGUGACAUUUUGGAUGUCUUGUUUGUACAGUUGGCCUGUUGCUUCACCCAUAGCAAGACACAGUGAUGAUCAAGUCUCCAUUGUCUGAACCAGUGUGUGAUAUAAUGUAAUGUUGUGACAGGAGUGGAGUUGGUUGGAAGGACCAGUAUUACCUUUAGUUAACUCUAGUCAGACACUACAUGUUUUACUUUGUCUUUUGGAAAUAAAGCAUGCAAUGCAAAGUGGUUCUGUUA